UAGUCCACCUUUUAUUGUACAAAAGGCCAAACAGGCCCGGUGAAGAAGCCCUAAUAGGGGCAAUGGUUAGAACGCUUGCCUGCUAACCGUUUUGAACCCACCAGCCGCUCUGCGGAUGUGGCAACCUGCUUCCUUCAAGAUUCCGAAAAAACGAACCCUCUGCUUUCCAGUCCAUUCUGACUCGCUGAGACCCUAUAGGACAGUAGAACUACUCCCAUAGUGUUCCUAAGGUUAUAAAUCUUUACAGAAGCACUGCCGCAUCUUACAACGCCAGUUUUGGUCCGCGGCCGAGCGCUUAACCACUGCGCCACUAGAACGCCCUUUCCGUAAAGAUUAUGGCUUUGCAAACUCUGGCGGCAGUUUUACUCUGUCCUCAAGGGUCUCUGUAAGUGGGAAUAGACGGUAAGGGGUUUGAAGCCCGGUGAGGAGCAGAGACUUGCUACCCUACGUCCACUUGAUGGCAGAGGUGGCAAUGGGAAGAAUCCAGGUCCGAGAAGACGUCCCCUAACCCGGUGGCCUGGAGGGCAGUGGGUCGUGGUGUCCAUCAUGCAGAGUGGUAUGCAAUCCCCCACACGCACCCGGUGCCUCCCCUGAACCCUCCCACAAGUUCCAGCCCGCGGCCUGCGACCCGCCCGCCCAGCCGCACCAUGAGCCACGGGCCAAGCCCCCGGCUGGCCGAGUCUCCGCAGCUGUCCAAGGGCAGUCUCCUGACCAUCCUGGGCAGCCCGUCGCCCGAGCGCAUGGGCCCGGCCGACUCGCUGCCGCCGACGCCGCCCAGUGGCACGCCCUCGCCCGGCCCGCCGCCGGCGUUACCCUUGCCGCCGCCGCCAGCGCUGCUAGCCGACGGGGACUGGGAAAGCCGCGAGGAGCUACGGCUGCGGGAGCUAGAAGAGGCGCGGGCGCGGGCGGCGCAGAUGGAGAAGACCAUGCGCUGGUGGUCAGACUGCACCGCCAACUGGCGCGAGAAGUGGAGCAAGGUGCGCGCCGAGCGCAACCGCGCGCGAGAGGAGGUGCGCCAGCUACGCCAGCGCCUCGAAGCCCUCACCAAGGAGCUGGCGGGCGCGCGGCGCGAGCGCCAGGAGGCGCAGGGCGAGUGCGAGGCGCGGGGCCGUGAAUUGGCUCGGCUGCGGGGCUCCCGGGGCACUGCCGACCGGACGCCCGACGGUCCCGAGCGGGAGCCUGAGCGGGAGAACGAGCCAGUGCGCGACAUUGGGUCGGAGAGGCCCCAGGGCAGCCAGGAGCUGGAGCUGGUAGAGAGCCUGCUGAAGAGCAGACCAGAAGAGCCUGAGGGCUGCUGGGAGGCACGCAGCGUGGGAACGGGGGCCCCACGGGGGAGCUCAUGCCGCCAGGAACGCAGCCGGCUGCCCUGGGAGGACACAGCUGCCACCGAGGAGGACGCCUCCAAGUUGACCGCCCUGCGGCUGCGGCUGGAUGAGUCCCAGAAGGUGCUGCUUAAGGAGCGAGAGGAUAAACUGGCUCUGAGCAGGAACAUUGAGAAGCUGGAGGGGGAGCUCAGCCAGUGGAAGAUCAAGUACGAGGAGCUGAGCAAAACCAAGCAGGAGAUGCUCAAGCAACUCAGUAUCCUGAAGGAGGCACACCAGGACGAACUGGGCCGCAUAUCCGAAGACCUGGAAGAUGAGCUGGGAGCACGGUCCAGCAUGGACAGGAAGAUGGCUGAGCUGAGGGGUGAGAUGGAGCGGCUGCAAGCAGAGAACGCAGCUGAGUGGGGUCGCCGGGAGCGACUAGAGACUGAGAAGUUGGGCCUGGAGCGGGAGAACAAGAAGCUUCGAGCGCAGGUCGGGGACCUGGAGGAGGCACUGGCCCGGCGGCGGCGGCAGACCACCAGCGCACUGGACUGUGACCUGCGGGCCAGCCAGGCUGCCCUCUUUGAGAAGAACAAGGAGCUGGCAGACCUGAAGCAUGUGCACGGCAAGCUGAAGAAGCAGUUCCAGGAGAAGGUGGCAGAGUUGGCACAUGCCAACCGGCGGGUGGAGCAGCAUGAGGCAGAAGUGAAAAAACUGCGUCUGAGGGUGGAAGAGCUCAAGAAAGAGCUGGCCCAGGCUGAGGAUGAACUGGACGAGGCCCACAACCAGGCACGCAAGCUGCAGCGGUCGCUGGACGAGCAGACAGAGCAGAGCGAGAACCUCCAGGUGCAGCUGGAGCACCUGCAGUCCAGGCUCCGCCGGCAGCAGCAGAACGCCCCCCUCUUUGGGAAGAUCCGCAGUGCUCGCUUUGGCACGGAGGAGGCUGGGGACGGAGCCAGUGACCUGGACGAGGAUGAGGACCUGCAGAUCCAGGUGGCCUAGAGCUUCACAGGGCUGGGCAGAGUUGGCCUGCGGCCACAGGUGCCCCAGACACCCAGGCUGACCAGCCACUCGAACUGAUGCAGCUGCCUGCACCCACUCUGCCCCUGCCACAGACGACUUCCUUCUCUUCCAGGGUGGGCAUUGGCAGUUCUGCCCACCAACACCCCAUGGAAGGGAAACCACAGCCUACACUAUAUAUAUAUAUAUAUAUUAUAUAUUAUAUAUAUGCCUGGGAGUCCUUGGACCCAUUUGGUUUUAUAAACACAGGACCACUCCAAGGCCCAUUCCAGUUGCCCCACCCACCUAGGGCCCUCUGCUGGAGGUGGGGGGAUGGUAAUAGGGGGCUGUCCAUAAUGCAGUGUGAUGAACCCAGUGCUUUGUAAUAAACGGAGUUCAGGUUCUCAGGGCAGAGUCCUGAAAGUGUGGCAGAGAUGGGCAGUGGGUAUGGGGGAACAGCAUUAGCUUGUGCCUGGCACUGAGCUAGUGCUCGGGAAUGUGGAGUGACUUAAUAAAAGAAUGCACAUGAGAAAGAA